AAAGAGCAGACGUUUAUAAUGUCCUAAAAAGACGACGGACAAUUGAGCAAUGGCUGAGGGUAACAGCAGCAAGUCAACUAACCCAGCAAUGGAUCCGGAUCUGGAUAACCCGGAUCAAUCGGGUCUGGAGCUUGCCCAGUUUGCAGCGGGUUGUUUCUGGGGAGUGGAAUUGGCUUUUCAAAGGGUUGAAGGAGUAAUGAAGACUGAGGUUGGGUACUCUCAGGGAAAUGUACACAACCCGAAUUACAGGCUGAUUUGCACCGGAACCACUGAACAUGCGGAGGUGAUUCGGAUCCAGUUUGACCCGAAUGUGUGCCCGUAUUCCAAUCUUCUUUCUCUCUUUUGGAGUCGCCAUGACCCCACCACUCUAAAUCGCCAGGGUAACGAUGUGGGAAGGCAAUACCGCUCAGGAAUAUACUACUAUAAUGAUGCUCAGGCUCAACUGGCAAGGGAAUCGUUGGAAGCUAAGCAGAGGGAAUUUACGGAUAAGAAGAUUGUCACGGAAAUUCUUCCUGCUAAGAGAUUUUAUAGAGCUGAAGAGUAUCACCAGCAAUAUUUAAAGAAGGGUGGGGGCGGAGGUGCCUGUCAGUCGGCUGCAAAAGGCUGCAAUGACCCAAUAAGGUGCUAUGGUUGACAUAGCAAAUCUUUGUAUGUCACAGCAACUAUAAAAGAACUUGCUGGGCAUUUGUCGUGCUUAUUUUUUUCUUAAAUAAUAUGUUAAUGGAUCUUGAUAUUUCUUAUGAGUACUUGCUCUCUUGAAUCAAAUAACUAGUAGUCGUAAAUUAUUGACCUCUGCCUUUA